AUGAGUCAUUUGCUCAGAACUGAAAAUGUCUCAGGACCCAGGGAAGCAGCAAAGGAAACCCAAGGCCACUCACAGCUCCAUAUCAGUAACCCAGCAGGAAAUCAGCUGAUGGAGUUCAGCCUUCAAAAUGCUUCCCAGAAGCAUGUCAAGAUCAGCAGGCACUGCCACUGCAAAAAAUUUUUAUCACCUCCAGAGAAGCUCAUCUCUGGGAUCCUGGGCAUCAUCUGGUUUGCCUUAUUGGUCGCCUUGGUGAUAACAACCAGAGUUGUCUCUCCAUAUUCUGAAGCAAAAGCACAGAUCAACUCCUCCCUGACUAGAACCCAGAAAGUUCACUCUUGUGGUCAUUGUUCAAAGGAGUGGAUAUCAUAUUCCCACAAUUGCUAUUACAUUGGUAUGGAGAAAAAGACUUGGAAUGACAGUUUAGUGUCCUGCACUUCUAAAAACUCUACUCUACUUUACAUAGAUAGUGAAGAGGAGCAGGUCUUUCUGCAAUUCCUCUCACUAGUCUCAUGGACUGGAGUCUUUAGGAAGAGCAGAGAUCAACUCUGGGUUUGGAAAAAAGACUCAACUUUCAAACCAAAGAUAAUAGAGCAUGUUGAAGAUGAUAACUGUGUUAUGAUGUCAGCUUUUGGCCUCACAACAGAUGAUUGCACAGCUUUACAUACAUAUCUUUGUGAGAGUAAUUUCAAGAAAUAA